GUGACAGACAGGUGUUGGGAGCUGAACUAUAGUGAGAGUUUAUUGUUUUUUCACAGUAGAGUCCCAGAGCUUUCUGUGGAGGUGAAGUUACAAGAUGAGCAGGUAUACGUCCCAGACAUCCAGGAGCACCAGGCCCAGCCAGGCAAUCGAGGACAGCAAGAAGAAGUCAUCUCUCCUGAAAGACAACAGCUGGAUCAAAAGAGCUGAUGAUGAGGAUGAAGAUGUUGACCGGGACCCAAACUUCGGCAAAUCUGUUCUGAACCGGUACAGAUCCAAUGAGUCUCUGGAGAGUUCAGGGGGUGAGGAAACAAAAACCACCAAAACCAUAAGCACGUCAACAUCUGUGCACGCUCUCACCAAGAGAUUCAGUGGAAGUCAGGAUGAGCUGAGGAGCAGCACCAUCCCUUCCAGCAAGACUACUACCUCCUACACCAAAAGCUCGUAUUCAAGUCUGAAGUCAGAUUCUCCGAGCACUACCACAACCUCUAUUAUCACCAAGGAUGGCAAAACCACUGAGACCACCACCACCACCACCCAGAGCCUUAGAUCUCCUGUGAUUAAAUCUCCCACCAAGACCGACAUGUUCACUGAGCGGGUCCUGUCUUCAAGCAAAGGGACACUAUACUCAAACAUCUCACCUACCAGAACAACCAAAGUGACUGAGACAACUGUUACCAGCAUUAAGGGUGCGGAAGACAAACUUUAUGACACCCCACGUGUCAUCCCCACGUCUGUCAAGGAUGAUAUCUCGCCCACAGACAGCAAGACGACUGUCUCUACAACUGAGACUGUGGUAGUGAAAAGCAGAACUGACACUAACUCUGAGGACAAACUCUAUGAUACUCUCAUUCCCACAUCUAUCAAAGGCGACGUCAAAGACAGCAAAACAACUGUUUCCAGUACUGAGACUGUGACAGUGAAGAGCAGCACUAAUGGAGAUGAUAUUAAAACUACAACCACAACAAGGACUUCAUCUUUGGCUGAGGAUGACCUGUAUGACACCCUGCUGCCUAAAGGCAUUUCGUCUAAUCUGAUGUCUCCUGUCAGCAGCUCAAGCGUCACAAAGAGAGAAACUGUCACAGUGGAGAGCAGCAGAGGAGGAGACAGUCCAAGUCUGACAUCGCCAUCCUCCACUAUCAGAACCAGCAGUUACAGCUUGUACUCUGAUGACAGUCCCUCCACCCGCACCAGCUCCUACACCAUCAGCACCAAGCCCAGCUACGAGUACACCAGUAUCACCAGUCCCACUACCUACACCUCAUCAUCAUACAGGAGCAGCAGCAGGUCAGAUGACACUGAUUCAAUCUACUCUACAUCCUCCAUGAAGAGUUUGUAUACAUCCCCUGAGAGGACGGUGCAUGAGAAAGACCUGUGCACCUACUGCCGUAAGCCCUUCGUCGGUGAUGCCAAGAUGGUCCUGGAUGACCUGAAGAUCAACUGCCACGCGUCCUGCUUCAAAUGUGAGGUGUGUAGCAGCACUCUGGGUCAUCUGAAAGCUGGGGACAGCAUGUGGAUCUACAAACGCAUGGUGCACUGUGAGAACUGCUUUGAGAUCACCAGAGAUAAAUGGCGGCGCUGAGCUUCUCCCGAGCGUUUAGUGGAGAUUCAGCACAUGUGACUAAAGAUAAAAUGAAUUUCUGUCUAUCAGCAUGUUUUGGGGUGACACUGGUUUUCCUGCACUGAGGUUUUUACAAGAUGAAGGGUGUUAAUCUGGGUGUUUUGACAAAUGACAGUUGCAUUACAGAUAUAAUUCUUUUAGUAACAUCCACACACUACUGCAGCUAUUUGUAACUGUCAUGGCAUUUCUCUCUCUGUAUUUACUCUUUCUUAAGUUCAAGAUAGCAUUUAUGAUAUUAUACUAAGUCUGCUGCCUGUAGGGGGACUGACGAUUGGAGGUAUUGCAAUAUUUUGGGCCGGGGGCUUUUUCUUUGUGCAAUAAAGGCAAUCGAUGCAGCUUUA